AAAUAAUUUUGUUUUCAACGAAGAGACAUUUGAAAAUUUAAUCAUUAUCAUUAUUUUCAUAGAAAAAAUUACAAUGUCAAUUACUUUAGUUUUGCAUAAAUUCUCGUUAAGUAGUAUAAGGAACGAAAGCCAUCAGACAUUGUUUUAUAAAAAAUAAAAAAACGGGAAAAACUGAGAUCUAAAAAAAAAAAAAAAAAAAAAAAAACCUUAAGAAUCGUCGCAAAAUUAUAAGUACUCUAUAACUAAACUAAAAUGCUCGUAACUACUUAUCAACAUGACUACAUUCCCCCAUAUACCAAACGGUAUGAAUUUCUUCGAACGAAGCAAGCUGCGAAAAGUGCUGAACCGGAAAAAGAAGUAUGUGAAUGUGUUGAAGAAACUAAAGUUGACACUCCCAAGGCAGUGGAAAAACAAUGCGCGAUGGAAUGGACGGGCGUGGCCCCAAUGGGUCGGCUUGUCGAUCCGCGCAUUUUACCUACUAAAUUAUCACCCGAACAAUUAGAUGCCAUGGCUGGUGAAGCGCAAGCAGAUUGUUUUAAAGAGCAACCAAAUCGAUUUUUGAAAAUCCUACGAACUGCCUAUCCUGAUCUCUAUGAACGAUUGAAGCAGAUGCCCAAGGACGAACUAAACAGGCGUUUAGAACGUGAACGCAUGUACACUACGUAUCAAAUUGAUUUUUGCGAUAUGAGCGAAUAUCCCGAAGGUAUUUAUAAAUCGCUGAAAGAUGAGGAUGAAACCAAAAAAUUGAAUGCCAGCAAAUUGCUGCAACGACAAGGACCCUGCGCUGAGUUCAGAACGAAUGUUAUGCAGGAAUUGGAUAAAGAAGGCGAAGCUGGCGUACUAAACCAAGAUCCGUGCGAGAAGGCCUACAAACCAUUUAAAAUAUCAUUUGCAGACUCUGCACGAUUCAUUAGUUCGGGCAAUAACUCGCAUUGGCGUUCAAAUAUCUUUGCCAAGAGGGCAGACUUUUCCGAGUAUAUGGGCACAAUCAAUAAGAUCGGAUGCGUCAUAAUGCGCAAUAAUAUACACAAUCAUCAAAAAUGCUCUAACAAACACUGCCGUCAUCAGCUAACUCAUACGUGCGCGGAUCUAAGAUAAAAAAAAUCUGUGGAAAAUCUAUUGUAUUUAGUUUAACGAAUGGCCUCCUUUUCGUAAUUUCGAUAUCUAAAUUUUAAUUAACUAUUUUGAGGAAUAAAUUUUUGAAUAUUUUGAUCGAGAAAUUGUUAAUU